AUGAGGCAGCGAAUCCUUCAAUUCUUGCUCGUCUGCACCUUCCUGGUCUUGGCUGCAGCGUGGACCAAGGAAGACUAUGAGAUCUUCAGAUUAAAAGACGAAGUCGAGGCCGCCGAGGGAAACGGAGUCAACUUUUACGACUUUCUCGGCGUCAAGCCUUCCGCCACAGUCGAAGAUAUCAGCAAAGCUUUCCGCAAGAAAUCGCGAGCACUUCAUCCCGACAAGGCCAAGCAUGCCUUCGUAGCCUCUCGUUCCACCCCCAAGCCCAAGAAGCCUGGCGAGAAGAGGAAGAGUGGCGUGCACGUCUCGAAGGGGCCGUCCGAGCGGGAGAUCCAGCGCUUCAUCAAACAAGCAGGCGAGAGAUACAGCCGAUUGGGUGUGGUUACCAAUAUUCUGAAAGGGCCAGAAAGAGAACGAUACGAUUUCUUCUUACAACAUGGAUUUCCCUCGUGGAGAGGUACAGGCUACUACUAUUCGAGAUACAGGCCUGGGCUUGGUACGGUUUUGUUUGGUCUCUUCCUUGUUGGUGGUGGAGGAGCCCAUUACCUUGCACUGGUCACGGGAUACAAGAGACAACGUGAAUUCAUGGAGAGGUAUAUCAAGCAUGCUAGAAAGACCGCAUGGGGUGAUGAAUCCGGCAUUGGAGGCAUUACCGGGCUCGCUGCACCGGCGGAGGCUCCUCAAGCAGCUGAAGAACCCGACCCGAUGGCGAACCUGAAUCGACGGCAAAAGAGAGAACUGGAGCGGCAAAACAAAAAGGACAAAUCCAGCAAAUCCAAACCGGUCAAAGCGGCUCCUGUACAAGCGUCUGCUUCCUCUAGGGACAGAAAGAGGGUCAUUGCUGAGAACGGAAAGGUCCUUGUUGUUGACUCGGUGGGAAACGUGUUUUUGGAAGAAGAAGACGAUGAUGGAAACGUUCAAGAGUUUCUUCUGGAUCUGGACGAGAUACCGAAGCCAACAGUUUGGGACACAGCAGUAGUACGCCUUCCCUUGUGGUUUUACCACAAGGCCUUCGACCGAUUCUCACACAACACCCCACAUGGAGUUCAUGACGAGACUCUGCUCGGGGAAAACGAAGGAGAACUUGAGUCUUCUCCUGAGGGUGCAAUGCCUGAGGAGGCGACAUCUUCCGGAUCCAACUCAAGUCAGGAGAUCGGCUCAGGGUUUGAGCUAGUCGACUCUUCAGGCAUCGAGAAAGAAAUCGAGAAGGUUUCGGCUGCGGCAGGAAUGAAAAAAAGGGGCAAGAAAGGAAGAAAAUGA